AGCAGAGUUUGGGUGUAGGGAGCAAAAGUUUCUGUCGGUGGAAGCAGGUCCCAUCCUAGGAAGCAGCUUCUCUCUCCCCACAGAGGAUGCACAGAUCUGGCCAAUAACUGAGCAAAUAAAAUAUCUCUGAUUGCUUGACUAUCUGUUAGAGCAGUCAUGGCCAAGCUCCAUGUGCUGUGUUUGCUGCUUGCCACCACAUUUGGCUCUCUGUGGGCACAGAACGGUGAUCAAAAAUCAUGUGCAGAUAAAACCAAAUGUCCAGUCAAUGUGUUCUUCAUCAUUGAUACAUCCGAAAGUAUAAUUCUACAGACCGCUCCAAUUCAGAGCUUGCUGGAUCAUAUGAAGCGUUUCAUUCCAGCCUUCUUGGCAAAGCUGGAGAAUGCUGCCUACCAGGACCAGAUCCUUCUGAACUGGGUGUAUGGUGGUCUGCAUUAUUCAGAUGAGGUCCAAAUCUACAGCCAACUUACUGCCGACAAGAAUGAAUAUAUUUCACGACUGCGUGGAAUCCAGUAUAUUGGACGGGGCACCUUCACUGACUGCGCCAUUUCUAAUAUGACAGCACUAAUUGAUGCUGCAAUAAGGGCUCAGGCUACCCAAGGUCAGGAUGUGGUCAAUUUUGCAGUAGUGAUCACAGAUGGUCAUGUGACUGGAAAUCCAUGCGGAGGAGUGAAGGCACAGGUGGAAGCAGCCCAGUCUAAAGGCAUCAAGCUGUUCUCUGUAGCUGCAAGUCGUGAUGUGUAUGAGUCUGGUCUCAGGGAGAUUGCAAGCCAACCCUAUGAGCUGUUCAGGAACGCAUAUACAGUGACCAAUCCCAAUGACCAAACUGAGAUCGAUCAGAAAACCAUUGACAAAAUCAUUCAAGUUAUGAAACACGAAGCUUAUGGAGAGUGCUAUAAACUGAACUGCUUGGAGAUUCCAGGUCCCCCUGGUGUAGAUGGACAGAGAGGACAAAAGGGUGCCAAAGGAAAUGCUGGUGAACCUGGAGGCUUUGGACCAAAAGGACGGCAGGGAGACCCUGGAAUUGAAGGACCAAUUGGAUAUCCUGGGCCCAAGGGUGUUUCAGGGUUGAAAGGUGAAAAGGGAGAUUUUGGAGCAGAUGGAAGAAAGGGAUCAGGUGGGGUGGCUGGAAGAAAUGGUACAGAUGGACAGAAGGGUAAAACGGGUCGAAUUGGUUCUCCUGGCUGUAAGGGUGAUCCUGGAGAUAAGGGCCCUCAUGGCUAUGCAGGAGAUGCUGGAGACAGAGGAGAUGAUGGAGACGCUGGACCAAAGGGUGAUGCUGGAAGGUCUGGACGUAACGGACCGCCAGGGCCAUUCGGAGAGAAAGGAGAUAAGGGUCUCGGUGGAAAUUCUGGGGCUCCUGGAGGAACAGGUAUAAAAGGAAAUAAAGGAGGACCUGGAACAUCAGGACCAAAAGGAGAGCCAGGUCGCAGAGGAGAUCCUGGUACCAAGGGAGGUGCAGGUACUGAUGGACCCAAAGGAGAGAAGGGAGAUCCUGGUUCAGAGGGUCCACGAGGACUUGGUGGAGAAGCUGGCCUAAAAGGAGCAAAGGGUGAUCGUGGAGCUCCGGGACCAAGGGGAGGGCAGGGAACAGUUGGAGUGCCUGGCAAAAAUGGUUCACGUGGAGACCCAGGAGACAUGGGAGAAAGAGGAAACCCGGGAGCAUCAGGACCUAAGGGAGACAGAGGAAGACCUGGUAUCAGCUACCCAGGACCACGGGGACCUCCAGGUGAUAAAGGAGACAAAGGACCACCAGGACCUCUGGGAGGACGUGGCGACUUUGGACAAAAAGGAGCCUCUGGACCCAAAGGAGUGAAGGGGGAAUUUGGCGACAAAGGUUCCACAGGAGAGCCUGGCCCCCGGGGACCAUCUGGGGAAUCUGGAGGCGAGGGUGACAUUGGACCUCCUGGUGACCCUGCCUUGACUGAAUGUGAUGUCAUGACAUACGUACGAGAGACAUGUGGAUGCUGUGACUGUGAAAAGCGCUGUGGUGCUCUGGACCUUGUCUUCAUUAUUGACAGCUCUGAAAGUAUUGGCUACACCAACUUUACUCUGGAGAAGAACUUUGUCAUUAAUGUUGUAAGCAGACUAGGAUCCUUCGCCAAAGAUCCAAACUCGGACAUAGGUGCUCGAGUUGGCGUUGUCCAGUACAGUCAUGAGGGUACAUUUGAGGCUAUUCAAAUGAAUGAUCCCAGCAUUGACUCUCUGUCCAGCUUUAAGGAGGCAGUGAGGCGUCUGGAAUGGAUUGCUGGAGGAACAUGGACCCCGUCUGCUCUGCAGUUUGCUUAUAAUACACUAAUCAAAGAAACAAGACGUAACAAAGCCAACGUUAUUGCAGUAGUGAUCACUGAUGGUCGUCAUGACCCAAGAGACCCUGAUGAUGGCCUGAAGUCACUGUGUGAUGUGGAUGUCACAGUCAAUGCUAUUGGCAUUGGUGACAUGUUCCACAAAGAAGAUGAUUUGGAGACCCUGACAUCCAUCACCUGCGACAAGCCACAGCAAAUUCAGAAGAUGAAACUUUUCUCUGAACUGGUUGCUGAUGAGUUCAUAGACACCAUGGAGAAGCAACUGUGCCCAGACCCUCAGAUUGUGUGUCCAGACCUGCCAUGUCAAUCAGGUGGGAAGGGACAUAACCCAACAACUAUCGUUAAUUACGACCUUAAUGAAGAGGGUGUGGAGAUCGCCUUUCCCAAAACCAUCCCUCAGGUUGCUGAAUUCCUUGAGUCCCAGAAGGCGAGUUCCGAGCCCCCAACGCAAUCCCAGCUCAUUGCUAUGAUGGUUUAUACGGCUGAGAAAGCCAAGUUUUCCAAUGGAGAUGAGAGGCAGAAGUGGACCGGGCUGUUUAUUGACACUUUUAAAAUGGUUCACACAGACAUUGUAGGAGACUCAGAAGCUCUAAUUGGACUCUGUUAAAUCAGAAUGGUCAUCCCCAGUUAGAAUUAAGGUGGUAGAUCCCUGUUACAGGUUUAACAGGUGUAUGCAUUCGGGUUUGUAUUUUCAAGUUGUGAAGCAUAGUCAGGCAUAGCUUUAUACUAUGAGUAGAGAUAUAUAGUUGGUCCUCAGACAGGAUUCUGGAGGGGCGCAUUAUCAAUAAAUCUAUAUUGAAGAGUUUGUCUUGUAAAUGUUUUGUAUAUGUAUAAAAUAUAAAGAUUAUAUAUUUGUUUGCAUAUUUUGAAAACUAUUUAACAAUUUGUUUCAGUCAAGUCCCCUUUCUGAAAUUUCUUGAAAUGUUUUCUUGUUAUUAAUACAUAUUAAUAACAGUAGCAAGUAGUUCUGCUGGAAUAAUUUGAUUCCUUUUGCAAGUCCCCUGUUGACAUCUUAAUCCUCUAAUUCGUGUAUACCGCUAUCUGAUUCUCUUUAUCCAACCUUCCUUAACAGCUUUUGCUUAUUCAUCUGAAUAGGUUCAACAGUUAAAAUAGUUAUUUAUUAUGUACAAUGUGCAGAAAAAUUGGCUUCUUUCCCCAGAAGUCAUGAUGUACCCCUAAAUAGUAAUGCCUUGUCGUGCACACAUAUCUUCAUGUCAUGCAGUCAUUUUAAUACAAUGCAUCCCUUGCAUUGUCCAUCCCUUAAAAUAUAGUUUUGCUUAAUUUAACCACAAAUGUCCAAACAUGAACAGACUAAAACAAAAUGUAAAAAAAAAAAAA